AGGAAGUAUAAGAAUAGAGAAGAUAUCUAGACAUGUAAAUAGUUACUUAGAUCUAAUAAAGCGUUAAUGACAUUUGAAGUAAUAAUAUCCUGUUUAAUAGUGAGUCGGAUGAUAUAUCCAUGUAAGUUACAAACUCCAUGAUAUGAAUGAUUAAUUAAAUUAAAGUUUAAAUUGACAUUUUGCAACUUAUUCAAUUCCAGGGGUCGGGAGAUGGUGUUAAUGUUAAACUUGACUGUAUUAAGUAAAAUGACAUAUGAUAAUGGGAUCAUUUUACUUAAUUAGGCAAAGAAUAAUCCGGGUAAACAAAAUUGGAUAUUUUUCAGAAUCAUGUCGCUCUUUUUUUGAGAUUGGAUGAAAUCAAAAAUUAUAUAUAUAUAACAGCAUACAUAACACCAAUUUAUAAUUAUCCAUUGUUAUCCAUAAAUUGUCGAUCAUCAUCAUGAGUGAAUCAAGUGAACCAAAUCCAUUGAUUGUCUUUGCUACUAUUGCUACAAUCAUUGGUAGUUUUAUUGCAUUAUAUUUUUAUAAAAUUUCAUUAAAGAAUCAACCAAUUUUAAAACCUGAUGAAUUUCAAAAAUUCCCUUUGAUUGAAAAGACUAGAGUUAGUCAUAAUUCAUGUGUUUAUAGAUUUGGAUUACCUAAGAAUGAUGAUAGAUUAGGUUUACCUAUUGGUCAACAUAUUUCCAUUGGUACGACUAUAAAUGGUAAAGAAAUUGUUAGAUCUUAUACUCCAAUUAGUACUGAUGAUGAAUUAGGUUAUUUUGAUUUAUUAAUUAAAACUUAUGAAAAUGGGAAUAUUUCCAAGUAUGUUGAAUCUAAAAAGAUUGGAGAAUAUGUUGAUAUUAGAGGUCCAAAAGGAUUUUUCACUUAUACUCCAAAUAUGGUUGAAAGUUUUGGUAUGAUUGCUGGUGGUACAGGUAUUGCACCAAUGUAUCAAAUAAUUACUGCUAUUUUAAAGAAUCCAAAGGAUAAAACUAAGAUUAAUUUAAUCUAUGCUAAUGUUACUGAAACUGAUAUUUUAUUAAGAGCUGAAUUAGAACAAUUUCAAAAAGAUCAUAGUGAUCAAUUUAAGAUUCAUUUUGUUUUAAAUGAAGCACCAGCAGGAUGGAAAGGAUCAAUUGGAUUUGUUACUCCAGAAAUCAUUGAUAAAUAUUUACCAAAAUCAAGUGAAGAUACUAAUUUAUUAUUAUGUGGACCACCACCAAUGAUUGGAGCUAUGAAAAAAGCAGCUGUAACUUUAGGAUUUGCUAAAGCUAAACCAGUUAGUAAAUUAGGAGAUCAAGUGUUUGUAUUUUAGAUAGAGAGGUUGGUUUUUUUUUUUUUAGCUCAUACUAAAAAAGAAGCAUAAAGUUUAAUCAAUUGAAGUAAAUUUGCAGAGUCGGUUAACCAUUUAAACUUAUUCAAUAUUUAGUUAGAACCUUUUGAUUAUAGAAUGAAAAAUAUCAUUAACGUAUUACAUUGGGGUAGUAUCCAGUAGUAGAGAUCAGUAGUAGUUUGCGGCAAUGUGAAUGGUUAUGUUAUAUGAUACCAUUGAGUAGUAUCAAGUCUUAUGUAGAUCGUAUACAAUUUAAAGAAUAGACGAUAUUAAAAGUAUAUUCUUAUAAUUCACUAUAUAUAUAAGGUGAUCUAUUUCGUAUAGAAUCAAAUUAUCAGAUGUCUCUCU